CCUGCAGAGCAUCGUCAGUCAAUGAUGCAGCUACGUGGCCGUCUGGAGGUUGAGACAAUCUUGAUAUGCCCAUCGCCUGGCCCAUUCAUUCGACCAACGAGUAGACAUCGAAAUCAAGCCGUUCACCAGAGCCAGCAGACGUGGAAUCUCUACAAGGCCAGCCAGGCCGGGCCGAGGGUUCCACGGGGCAGAGACAUGAUAAACGCCAACUGGAGCUGCAUCUGGUUGGUCUGAAAAGUUGUUGCCCACCACCGCAAAAGUUGACUGAUAUGGAAGACGUUGGAUUAUGAUUCCACCCCCAAGCGGGUGGGGCUUAGAACAAAACGGCGUCCUUGUGUAGCGAUGGCGUUCCUUUGUGUUCCCGAACAUGGAAGAGGCUCGCGCUACUGAGCAUACCACAGGAAGAUACUCCAUAAGCUGGAAAUGGCGUUGCAGGCUGGAUUGGCCGUCCUUGAGCCCUGUGGUUUUGGCGGAUCGCAGGCGAAGACGGAAGCCACCAAUUGCAAGCAGGGCAUUGCGUUGGUGUUCCCAGUCGGCAUCGAGAAGGUUGCAUCCCGAGAUCGGGAGCAGUUUCAGCGGGAAGAACAGCCUGGAACCCCUGCCUCCCCGAGAGCCCCGCCAGGCCACCACCAGCUGGCCCCAGCUGCCUCUCUGGUGCCCAAUCACCACUUCCAAAAUGACCCCGCCAAACACAGAUUUGGUGCAACAGCCCGCCUGAUGUCAUCUUGCGCGCGUACCUGGUGAAGACACACGGACUGCUCGGCUUCGGGACCACGCGUUCAGUUUUGCAGCAGAGUGAACAGUGUCUCGCGCGGUUGCUCGAGACGGAUUCUGUCAACAUGACAACCAACAACAUCCUGUCGCUCCCCUUUCGAAAGUCCGUACAACUCUCACUCUCCUCCUCGCUUCGACAGUACAUCUCCAAGAAGUAUGACCAACACCCGGACAUGUUCCGUCAUGACCUCGAGGUCAUUGACUCCCUCCGCCGCGAUGCCGUCAAUACGCGCGAACCCCACUCGACCGGUAUCAGGAAACUCCAAACUUAUGCCGCCCAACUGGUUUGGAUGAGCGGGAAAUUCCCAAUUGAUAUUGGCGUCGACUUUACAUGGUACCCGGCCCUGGGCUACCACACCGAGCACCCCCUCGUACAGAACAAUCUCCAAUACGAGCUCCUGAACAUUCUCUACAACCUCGCUGCUCUGUAUUCACAACUGGCGAUAUCGUCGAACCGAAGUGACACCAAGGGGCUGAAGACUGCUGCGAGCUUCUUCUCUCAGGCCGCCGGCGUGCUAUCCCAUAUGAAGAAGGAAGUCCUCCCUGAAUUGCGCAUGGCCAACCCACCAGACGAUAUGGACGAGGCCACGUUGGAAGCAUUGACUCAGCUCUUCCUUGCCCAAAGUCAAGAGUGUUUCUGGCAGAAGGCCGUCAUGGACCAAUACAAGGAUGCUUCCAUCGCCAAGCUGGCUGCUCGCGUGUCUGACCUCUACAACUUGGCAGUGGAGGCAGCCAUGCAGAGUGAAGCCAUCAGCUCUGCCUGGAUCCACCACAUGAGCGCCAAGCACCACCACUUUGCCGCCGCUGCCCAGUACCGCGCUGCUCGUGAUUGCUUGGAGAAGAAACGAUACGGCGAGGAGGUAGCUCGGCUGAAAGACGCUGUCAACUGCGUCACUGAAGGUCUUAAGGAGUGCAAAGGCGGCUACAUUAGCAAGGCUGUCGUUGACGAUCUCCAUGGCCUCAAGAAGCGCGUUGAAGAGGACUUGAAAAGGGCCGAAAAGGACAACGACAUCAUCUACCUGCAAAUCGUGCCGCCAAAACCUGAGCUCAAGAUCCUCGAGCGUGCUAACAUGGCGGUAGCGAGUGUUCCAUCGCAGGUCGCAAAGCCUUUCGAAUAUUUCGGGGAUCAUGCCGAAUUUGGACCUGCCCUGUUCACCAAACUUGUGCCGUUCUCGGUUCAUGUCGCUGUGUCCAUCUAUGAGGAGCGAAGAGAUCGCCUUGUUAACAACAACAUCAUCGCCGAGUUGGAAACCAUGACAGACAGGCUCCACGAGAUUCUUUCGAGUUUAAACUUGCCCGGGUCAUUGCAGGCUCUUGAGAAGCCGCUUGGUUUACCCGGUACCCUUGUGCAGCACGCCGAGGAGAUUCGACAAGCCGAUGCGCUGAACAAACUGCAGCGUGGUUUCGCCGAUGUCGAGAAGCUUUGCGCCAGUGACAAGGCUGUGUUUGAAGAAGGGAAGGCUCUUCUGGCCGCCGAGGAAGAAGAAGACCACGCCUUGAGGCUCAAAUAUGGCACACAAAGGUGGGCAAGGCCCGAGUCGAGGGCUGACUCCAGUCAUGACGGUGGGGCCAAGCUGUGGAACCAAGCAGGUGACAUCGACGGAUACUUUGCUUCGAGUACGUCUAGUGAUGCUGUGGUUCGAGAGAAGUUUGCUGCGGUCAAGGAAACCCUCGCCAUCCUCGCCGGCCCAGACCGUGGUAUGAUGGAUUACAUCCCCAACAGUCGCAGAACCGAGAUCCCGGAACUCCUCAAACCAGCCAUAGGACGGCUGCGGGGAGUAUACAACGACGUAUUACGGCUGGAGUCAAGGAGGAGGAAGCGGAUCGAGUCUCUUCGUGCCAGGAGCCGGGCCGAUGACAUUAAGGGCGACAUCAUGGCUGAGGCGGCGCGUCUUGAAAGGACAUACCCCAACACUCCCAUCGUGCCAGCUCACUUUGAGGACUUCUUUGACAAGCGCCUGGACAGUCUUUAUGAGUCUGAACUUGAGGCUCUCGAGAAGGAACAGGCCGAUCAGGAAAAGAUUAUGAGCGAGAUCCAGCGGGCCAACCGUGACUUUGAGUCGCAGAAGAAAGUUAUUGGCGAGAGCGGCAAUCGGGAGCGGGAAAAGGCCCUGCAGAGAUUGGAUAAUGCUUACUACAAGUACAAGGAGAUUGUUAGUAAUAUCGAGGUUGGGCGGAAGUUCUACAAUGACCUCAGUCGUAUUGUUGAGCAAUUCCGCAACCAGGCGCGCAGCUGGGUGAACGAAAGGAGACAGGAGGCGAGGAUGUUGGAGGAUGAACUCUCGAUGCCACCGCUAGCAUCGCUUAGUAUGCGAUCCAACCAGCCCCAGUCGCCUCCGCCGCAAGCGUACCAGUCCCCGGCUCCCUCGUCGUACUACAUGCAGUCGCCGCAACGGCAGCCUGUUAGGGCGCCUGGUGUUCACAGUCCUCCUGUUGAGGCGCAGAUUCAGAGCUGGGCGGAUAAUGUGCCACAGCAGCAGCCUAAGCCGAUGCCACCUAUUGCUUCGAUGCAAGGGGCUUGGAUGCCGAAUAUGGGCAUCAAGUUCUCUGAGGCAGGUGCAGGUGGCUCGGGGGGUAGUCCAGGACAGGGUCAGCAGCAGGGUGGUGGGAGCUCUUCGGGGCCUGUGAGGGGGACAUGGGAUCCUAACAGUGGGAUUAGGUUCGGUUGA